AUGUAUUAUGUGAAAAAGUAUGAACAUAAGCUGCUGAGCGAAACGUUGCGAUUUUUAGGGUUUACAGUAAAGUGGGGAAUUCACGAAAAUGGCUACUGGAUGACAAAUCUUAACUAUUCCUUUGAUUAUAUGUUGUCCAAUUUAGUGAUAAAAUAUUUAAAGGAGAAGAAAGUUAAAUCGGUUAUAGAUGUAGGCUGUGGGUACGGGCACUACGUGAACGAAUUAAACUUUCACAAAAUAAGGACAGUGGGAGUUGACGGGAAUUCUAAGCUAGUGAAUCUUCUCAAGAAUGAGGAUAUCUUCCCACUGGACGCAACGAAUGAAUACUUCGUAGCGGAGAUACUGAACAAAGUGAACGACUCGAAUAGGAAGGAGCAUGCGAAGGAGGACAAAUGUUUGGAUGUGAAAAAAGUAAUAAAAAAGGCUGGAGAAAUUGGCAGGAGCGUUCUCCACUUCGACUACGUAUUAUGCUUAAACGUGGGGGAGUACAUUCCCAAGAAAAAAGAAGAAGUUUUCCUCAAAAACUUGGACAGACUAAACAGCAAGGGAAUUAUUUUAUCGUGGGAUAUUCCGGACACCUUCAACACAGGGACGAUAAAUGAAAAGAGUGAAGAGGAAAUUCUGGACCUCUUUCUGAACGCUUAUAAUUACACAUAUGAUGAAAAGAGCAGUGCAUUUUUUCGGAAAAACUGCAGCAAUGAUGCUCUAAAAAAUUGCAUUUACAUUUUUGAGAAACGCAGAGGGUAA